AUGCUGCUUUCGAUCAUCACGGAGCGCGUGUUCUACCGCCCCGCCCUCUUGUCAUCCGCUCUCAUCUCGCAACCUUUUCCUUUCUCGCGCACGUGUCCCUUGGGCGCUACCGCAGGCAGUAUCGGCGCGCGCGCUGCAGGGCUUCCCCGCGCGGAGAGCGGGGCUCGGCGCCGUGCGCCACAUGGCGUGACGCUCGGGGUGGUGGUGGAGUACGACGACAAUGACACGGAUGAACUUGAGAUGUGCAUGUGCGCCGAGGAGCGCUUCCCCGCCAUCAUGGUCACCGGCAAUCCCGAGGGCUCCCAGGCCAGGUGCGCUGGGGGGCCAUGGGGCGCAGAGGGGGCCAUGGGGCGCAGGGGGGACAUGGGGCGCAGGGGGGGGCAUGGGGCGCAGGGGGGGGCAUGGGGCGCAGGGGGGGGCAUGGGGCGCGGGGGGGGGCAUGGGGCGCGGGGGGGGGAUGGGACAGUGGGAGGCAGAGGUCAUUGUUGCCAAGGCACAGGGCUGUGCCAUGCGAGCAGGUGGGCUGUGCCAUGCGAGCAGGUGGGCUGUGCCAUGCGAGCAGGUGGGCUGUGCCAUGCGAGCAGGUGGGCUGUGCCAUGCGAGCAGGUGGGCUGUGCCAUGCGAGCAGGUGGGCUGUGCCAUGCGAGCAGGUGGGCUGUGCCAUGCGAGCAGGUGCCAGGUGGGCUGUGCCAUGCGAGCAGGCCUGGGUCGUUCGAGGUCUCCUUUGGCCACUCCCUGCUCUUCUCCCGCCUGCAGGUGACCCAUGCUCACUGCCCCAUGCAUGCUCACUGCCCCAUGCAUGCUCACUGCCCCAUGCAUGCUCACUGCCCCAUGCAUGCUCACUGCCCCAUGCAUGCUCACUGCCCCAUGCAUGCUCACUGCCGCAUGCAUGUACGUUGA